AAGGAAACCAAAUGGCAUUAAUUGAUUAAUUAGUUGGUAAUUAGUCAACUGUCAUAACUGACAUCCCUCCAAUCGGGAUCUGUACUGUUUCAUCUUUGUGAAACUCGCCAUUUCGCAUUUCUUACUUUUCAUUUUCUGCCUAAUAAAUAAACAAAAUUACUCUAAUCCGAUAAUAAUUUGUCCUUCACUGUCACUGGCGCUAUGCCCGUUCACUCAUAUCAUAUGCUGUCGCCACUAUCUGAUCGAUCCGAAUUUCGCCGCAGCUCAAGGUGCUCAUCUUCUUCUUCUUCCGACAAGCUAUUUGCUGAAUUUUGUGUCCAAGAAAAAAUGACAACUACUGAUCCUGGUUCUGAGGACUUUGUAAAGCAAUUUCAUAUUCCUAGCUAUAUACUUGAGCCCGACUCAAAGGUCGAAUGCUCGCCAUUGAAACCUCAAUGUCCUGUUUUGGUUUUUAUCAACUCAAAAAGUGGUGGUCAGUUGGGUGGAGAUCUUCUCGUCACGUACCGAUCCUUGCUGAACGAAAAACAGGUCAUUGAUUUAGGAGAAGAUGCUCCUGAUGCUGUACUUCGUAGGCUUUUUCUCAAUCUCGAAAGGCUCAAAAAUAAUGGUGAUGAUAUUGCUUCUGAGCUUGAGCAGAAGUUGAAAAUAAUCGUUGCUGGUGGAGAUGGUACAGCUGGAUGGCUUCUUGGGGUGGUUUCUGAUCUAAAAUUAUCUCAGCCGCCACCAAUUGCUACUGUGCCUUUGGGAACUGGGAAUAAUCUACCAUUCGCAUUCGGUUGGGGCAAGAAAAAUCCUGGAACUGAUCGUGAUUCAGUAAUAUCAUUCUUGGAUAAAGUGCAGAAAGCUAAAGAAAUGAAGAUAGACAGUUGGCAUAUUCUCAUGCGUAUGAGGGCACCAAAAAACGGUUCUUGUGAUCCAAUUGCUCCUCUUGAGUUACCGCAUUCAUUGCAUGCAUUUCGUCGGUGUUCUUCAUCAGAUGAUCUCAAUGUGGAAGGCUGCAUCACAUUCCGUGGAGGAUUUUGGAAUUACUUCAGCAUGGAGCACAUAUGCAAAACUUGGCUGCUCGCAAGGAUGGUUUUUUGCUUCCCUCUUUCACCCUUCUUCGAGUGUCUGGAUGAACCAGAAAAUAUUGAGCAACAUAAUUUGUCUUUCUAUAAUUUCUAUCCGCUGUACUUAUUUGACCUUGUGAGUGUAUCACCCAAAGUUGUGGCUGAACUGAGGAACAUUGCUCAGCUUUCAAAGGUUAAGAUCAUGAAAAGACAUGGUGAUUGGCAAGACCUCCAUAUUCCUCACAGCAUCAGGUCAAUUGUAUGCCUUAAUUUGCCGAGCUUUUCCGGUGGACUCAAUCCUUGGGGAACUCCAAACAUUCACAAACGUCGUGAUAGAGACUUGACUCCACCAUUAGUAGAUGAUGGUCUGCUCGAAAUUGUUGGCUUUCGAGAUGCUUGGCAUGGACUGGUUUUACUUGCUCCGAAUGGACAUGGGACUCGUCUUGCACAGGCACACCGUAUUCGGUUCGAGUUUCAUAAGGGUGCUGCGGACCACACGUACAUGAGGAUCGACGGCGAACCCUGGAAACAGCCUCUCCCGGUCGAUGAUGAAACAGUUGUGGUUGAAAUCUCUCAUCUUGGACAAGUCAAGAUGCUUGCUACUCACGACUGUCGAUCUAAAAGCGUGCUCGAUCCUUCAUCUCCAAUCGUUCACGAUGUCGAUGAAAGGGAUAGUGACAAUGAGGACGAGUCUGUUGGGGAAGAGUGGAGAAAGUUUGGUGCGGCCGACACGUUCAAGCUUCCGGACGAGGUUGACAUUUCCCAUCUCAGUUGACUUUUGUCGUGGCUGAUUUCCGGUACCGUGCUUUUUAAAGGUUGAAUUAUAAGUGUGGCUUUGUUAAUUUCUCUAUAAAUCUCUCCCAUGGAAGAACUUUCUUAGGUUGCACAUGUGGAUAUGGAGAACAUCAAAUAAGAUUAUAUAGAUAGUAAGAUUUGAUGCAGAUCUAAUCAUUUAGCGAGUCGACUCGUCAUAUUAUUGAAUAAACAUAGACAUAGGUACUUAUAGAUGUCAUACUUAGUUUACAUUGUUUUAAAAGUAAUGUCAUUUGAUCAUAUAA